UACAUGUAGCAAUAAGAUCGAUAAAUCAUUUUAUCGCAUAAAAAACAAACAUAGAUCACCGGAUCUAAUAAUACUUAUCAAUAAAUCAUAUAUCUCAUUAUCUAUUUCUACAUAAUUAAUAUGAAUUGCGAACAGAUUGUAUAUUGUAAUGGUUAUUUAUGUAUGUAAAAGGCUAAAUCGGAUCUUCUAACGGUAAACGCAUGCAUAUACAUAUAUACAUGUGUUGUGCAUCAAGAAAUUUUAAAUUCCUCAACAGGUUCUGUAACUUUUUAUACAAUGAUCAUUUCUUGCGGGAGUACGUGUAAGAUAUCUAUGCUAUAACAUAGAUUUACCAUUUACUAGUAACGCUUGAGAACUCUUUUCUCGAGCAGAAAGAACUCUGGAUUGUUUCUCGGUCAAGUUCCUCGCGCCUUUUAUAUAGUAAUUGUAGCCUCAGGUUAUUGUAACAACCUGUAUACUAUACGGUACUGCAUGUUAACUUUUGCAUACAAAUGUUGUUCUUCAAAUUAUAUAACUGAACUUAACGAUACUGUGUUUAAAUAGGGAAUCAGAUUAACUAGACGGUGCAAUGGUAAUAAUACAAUAUGCUCAGAGAAUUAUGGCUUGAGACAUUUAUUGUUAAUUAAUGGUACAAGCCCUGGACCUUCCAUAGAGGUAUGCCAGGGAGAUACAAUAGAAGUAUUUGUUUAUAAUAAAUUAGCUAAUGCCGAAUUGUCUUUCCAUUGGUAUGGUAUUAGGCAACAAGGAUCUAGUCAUAUGGAUGGGGUUUCUAUGGUAUCUCAAUGUCCGAUAUUCCCAUUCGGUGCUUAUCGAUAUGAAAUGAAGGCUGAUACAGCUGGAACUUAUUUUUAUAGUGCACAUUUAGUUACGCAGCAAGGUGAUGGUUUAUAUGGAUCAUUAAUAGUACGAGAGGCAAGAAAUGAUCCAAAGAAGGAAUGGACUCUUCUUGUAGCAUCAAAAUCAUCAGUUCCAAUGACUGGACUUUCAUAUACAUAUCCAACUGCAGAAAAAUUACUUCUUAAUGGACAAACUGGGAAUCUAGAAUUAUUUGUGGAGAAUGGGAAUAACUAUAUGUUGCGUUUUAUAAAUGCUAAUGUAUUCCACUGCCCAGUUUCUGUUACACUGGCUAGACACAGACUCAAAGUAUUAACUGUUGAUGGUAAUAUGGUUGAACCUACUAUGACAGGAACUCAUAUAAUUAUUUUUCCAGGUGAGAGAUUCGAUUUGAUUGUCAGUGCCGAUCAAUCAGCUGGCAGAUAUCUUUUAAAUAUACAAGGACUUCAGGAAUGUCGACAUUUAAUUCAUGAAGCUUACUUGAAUUAUGGUGAUUCGAGGAUUAAUGAAGUGACCAAAGACACGGAUUAUUUGAUAACGGAUAAUGAUGUGAUUGCCACUGUGAGCCUUGGUUAUGAUUGUAAUACGGCAUCAGAAAAUAUUAUUUGUGCAAUGGAUCUGAAGCAUUUAAAAAUGAAGAUACAGAUGAAAGGAUUGGACGAAAGGCAUUUUAAACAGCCUAUUAAUACGUUAUUCGCAGAAGAACCGGAAGAAACAAUUUAUGUUCCCUUCGAUUUAAAUAGUUUUGAUCAGAUCACCGAUUCCAUGACGGAUUACAGAUACAAUAUCUAUGGAUUUACAUAUUAUCCAGCAUAUCUAAGUUUACUACCGAGUGGGGGAAGGAUUUCACAAAUUAAUGGUGUAACGUUCAAAUAUCCCACAUCCCCAAUCUUGUCGCAACCAGAAAAUACGCCGGAGGAACAAAUAUGUUCUGUAGAAGGUCGUUCAAAUUUUUGCAAGGAAAGUCCGCUAUUUUGCGAGUGCAUUCAAAUAAUUGAAGUUCAACCAGACAAGUUGAUUGAAGUGAUCUUGAUCGAUGAAGGUUUUGGUGGAGAUGUAUCUCACACUUUUCAUGUGCAUGGUUAUAAUGUCAGUAUAGUUGGACUAGGGACUCUGAAACGUCCUAUAUCGAAAGAGGAGAUCAUGGCAUUGAAUGAUGAGCAACAAUUAUUUAGAAAUUUAUUGGAUCCUCCAAUGAAGGAUACUUUUACAGUACCGAAUAAAGGAUAUGCAAUAUUACGUUUUUAUACUGAUAAUCGUGGGUAUUGGUUAUGGGAAGCACGAAGUACAGGAAUUGCGCCUACGAUCUACGGCCCUGGAAUGCAAUUUUUAAUGCGUGUGGGGACACGCGAAAAUAUGCCGACAGUACCAAUUGAUUUUCCAAGUUGUGGCAACAAUAAGCGUCCAGAUAUGAUAUUUGAGUCGCAUUGAUAAAAUGUGUAUCUUAUAACAAUGACAAAGUAUAUUAUCAAAUAUUUAUUUAGUAUUAUAUUUUAUAUAUUUGUUGCCGCUGGAAGAGGACAUUUUUAAAUAAGCCAAUCAAAUCAAUCAUCAAUAUUCCAAGCUUUCUGACAGAUCAAUAAAAAUAAAAAUAAAUAAUAAAAAGUUGAAAAAUAAGGAAUAAGGGUAUAAAAAUAGAGAAGAAAUAAGAAAAGAGAUAAAUCAGAAAGUAAAGAAUGAAAUAUAAAGAAAUAAGGAAGUAAAGAAGAAAUAAAUAUAGAAAUAGAAGAAGGUUGGAAAUGGAUAUGAGGGGUGCUUCCAAGAGACCAAAAUAGGGCACCGGCUCGAGGAAGAAUGACCGCUCCGAGUCGGGGCACUGCCUCGAGCGCCCCCCGACUCUCCGCCUGCUCCCACUCACCGAGUCCUGCGCGCACACAAUUUUGGGCAACUUCCAGUACUUCUAUAGUACAUUACGAUACAAGUGUGCAAAGUAGGUGAUUCCCGCAAGAGUCGGGUUUGUCGCCCGAGCGUAGCGAGGGUGACAACAAACGAGUGCGGGAGACACCUAUGCGCACAUGUAUCGUAAUGUUAUUUUCUUAACAAGCUGCAUAUAAUUCGAUUUUGCACACGCGUUUACAGUGCGGGAAUGAGGCACUUUGCGCACGCAAACCCGUGCGCAAAAUCGAAUUUUGCGCACGCUAUUAGGAAAAUAUGCUUGGCCAGAAUUUCAAAUUUCUAAGUGUUAAUAUUUUACUUUAUUGAUUUAAUUAAUUAUUUUAUUGUUCCAAACAAUUAAUUUAUUUUCGCCAUUUUACAUUUUACAUUUUUCAAUUCACUUUGUAUCUACUCUAUCUAUUUUAUACUCCGGUAAAAUAAAAUUGGUUUCAAGAA